AUGCGCACUCACUCGCUUCCGCGCAACCUGGCCGCUCGCCAACGAGUCAACUCACGGAGUCACAACCGACGGUCAACAGAAGCAAAGCCUUCCAGCAGUGCACUCGAUCGUUCCUCAAGCUCCGCGAUGACUACCAUUUCUGCCCGAUCGGGGUCUUCUCAGCCAUCUCCAACACUGUACAUUCAGAACCUGGACGAUAAGAUCAAAAAAUCCGAUCUGAAGCGACUACUGUACCAGUUAUUCUUGAUCCAUGGAAAAGUGCUGGAUGUGAUUGUUAAAAAGGGCAAGAUGCGAGGACAAGCAUUUGUAGUAUUCAGGGAUUUCCAAGGCGCUACACAAGCAAUGCGCCAACUCGAUGGUACCGGCUUCUUGGACCGAGAACUUAAGAUAACUUACGCAAAAACUCAAUCACAUGCAACUAUCCGGCAAAUUGCUGGUGAGGAAGUGCUAUAUCAUGUUAAGCUAGGCUUGAAGGAUCCGAACACCUUGCAAGAUAAGAAUUCCAAGUUGACUGGGAAAAUGACCGUCAGUGGGGCACAAGCCGCGAAUAUGGAGAAAAAGAAGGCUGAAGAGACUGCAACGAAGAAGCGAUUACAAGGUUCAACUUCUGAUAGCGAACAUGAAGAUGACGAAGAAGAAGAUUCCGCGAUGGCUGAUGGCACUAAUAACCCAGCUUCAAAACGGUCCAAGACAACUCACCCUACGGCUGAAGAUGACGAUGAGGAAGCAAUGGAGGAAGAUUCUGAUUCAGAACAGCCUGCCGAUUCUGCUGCUGCCGCCGCUGUCAAAGCGGCAGGCUCAGCACCCAUUUUAUCAGGAGAGGACCCCAACCCAGUGUUGUUCUUAGAGGGCCUUCCGGCAGAAGUAACGGAUGAUAUGAUGGCCGUCCUAUUCCAACAGUAUCCUGGUUUUCAAAGCGUCAGGUUGGUUCCAGGCAGGACAGGAAUCGCAUUUGUACAAUAUGAUACGGCUGCUCAGAGUGACAUGGCCAAGGCUGCUCUUGAUGGCUUCAAGCUUGCACCCGGCGUGGUGAUGAAAGUCUCGUUUGCACGACGCGGUUGA